GGCCCUUUAAACCACACAGCAAAUAGAGGCUUUUCAGCCGCGGGAGGCGAUUGAUCGUAGUCUUCGGCAGGAAAGCUAUUCGAGGUUCGUGUGACAACACAAAGGGAUAUCGAGAAUCGCAACCAUGGGCGUCAAAUUGUAUUAUACCACCGUUACUGCAUCCAGAGAGGUGAAGUCUCAGCAGGCGGAGGUGAUGAGGAUACUGGAGAGUAAGAGCAUCCAGUACGAGCUGAUUGACAUCUCAGUGGGCGGGGAGGUCAGGGACGAGAUGAGAAGCAAGGCAGGGAACCCCACGGCUGUCCCGCCACAGAUCUUCAAUGAGGACCAGUACUGUGGGAACUAUGAGAUGUUUUCGGACGCAGUGGAGGAGGACAAAGUGGAACAGUUUCUGAAGAUGGCGUGAUGAGGAAGAGUCGUGUCCCCCCCCAGGAGGCUCCUUGACUAGCCUUCUGCCGCACUGGCGGUGCCCGCUCUCUUUCUCAAUGCCAUGAAUGCCAAAUACAACCAACCAAUCACAAGGCACACACACUCCUUCCCACCCCGCGGGACUCUUACCUAACCACUGUUGAAAUGAUUGUGUAUGUUUUAUACAGCACUUAUUAUGUUCUCCCAAUUUCUUUCGUCACUGUUUCCCUUUGUGGUCAAGAUCUGGGUUCAAAAUACUUUCAAAUCAUGUUAAAUGCUUAAGUGGUACUUUUUUGAAGUUUUCCUGUAGCAAUUGAACCAAAUAGAAAUGUCCAAAAAAGGCAAACCCCACCCACCUGGCACUCCAUGCAGACUAAAGCAAAUGCUUAAAUAUAUUUGUAUUUGGAAUAGUAUUUGAACCCAGGCCUGCUUGAUCCGAUGUGUUCAUGUCACUAAUCAUUCUGAGUCUGGUUUGUGGGAUCAAUGGAGCUGCCUAAUCUAGAUGUGUGGUGUCAAAGGUCCAUUGUGGAGAGUUGAGGAAUAUGGUAAAAACAGACAGCAUUUCAUAGUGUUAAACUUGGUGCCAAUAAAUAUGUGAGAAUGUGCUUUACAGCUGGAUAUAGUGUUACUUUACACUAUGUUACUGCAUUCCAAAGACUGCUGUAUUUUUUUAAGAGACCACUUGUGUUUGCUGGGAAUUACCUGAUCGUCAAUCAUUGGUCUUGCAUAGACAUAAAAUAGACAUAUUUAUAGGACGUUGUCGCAAAAAUACGUAACACUGUUACUGGUACUACAGCUGUACAUCCUUACUGUAAGAGAACUGAGUUUGAGUAUUAUAAUCCCCUGAAUUUAUAAUCCCCAAUGACUGUUUAGGACUUGUUACUGUUCUAUCUGUGGUAAUGUGUAAUUCAAUCUCGAACCAGCUUGAAGAUGCAGUAAAGACAACUAUGCACAUUAAACUCUGCCUCACAUUCCCACUGUUUUACUGACCUUUGGCUCCUGAGUGGAUAAAGAAAGUGUUUCAGAUUGAACUGACACAAUCUCAUCCUUAGAAAAACUAACUCACCACAUGGGGAAAGUUGAAGGCCUUACUUUUAGUGCCUCAAGUGUCUACUCCUCUUUCUUCCGACUGGUUUCUCUUCCGUGGGAUGUUGUAAAAAACUGUGCUGUUUCAUGUGUAGAGUCCCACAUCUUUUACCCAGUAUUUCAUCCUCGUUUAGAGCAUCCCUAUCAUUAUAACUCCUGGUUCCACACAUAGGAACCUUGAUUUUCAUCUUUCACAAAGUCUGGCAACGCACCACCACACGCAUAGUAUAUCUGGGUAUGUAGGUGUGGGACCUCUAUUCUGUAAUGGCAGCCUUCACAGACAAUGUUUGUCAUUUGAUGGUGGUUGAUGUGUUAUUGGUCAAUGAUGUGUAGCUAUUCUCUAUCAACUAUAUGUUCAGCAUUCCAUGUCUCUCUUCGAACUAUUGCUUUGCUUUUGGACCAAAGCCCCUUUGGCCAAAAUAAAUUAAAUAUAGGGAAUGAGAUGCUGUUGUCUUCCUAGAAGAUUGGGAAAAAGGGUCAAAUAAGUAUUAUGGUUCAAAUAAAAAGGAAUUAUGGCUAA